AUGUCUUUUGUAAAAAAAAUACUUGAAAAAUUUAACAAACCCCAAAAUCAUAAAAUUAUUCAUAAAGAAUAUAUUGACGAACAAAAAAAAUAUAUUGACGAUAUACUUCAAUAUAAUAACAUUAAAGACAAAACACAACAAGAAUAUAAUAAUUGGGAAAAUAUUAUACAAGAUCUAGCAUCUCCAAACUGGACAAGUGAAGAAACUUAUAAUGAAAAUCAAUCCAUCUAUUCGAUCAACAGUAAUAAAAAAUCAGAAUCUUCAUUACAAUUAAUCGAAGAGAAAAAUCAAUCAACAAAUUCUUAUCAAAAUUCAUUUAUAAACUUAAAUGAACCUAUUAAUCUUGAAAUUACAUUAGUAAUUUUAUUAAUUAGCUUAUCAUUUUUUUCAAUAAUCUUUGUUUGGAUUUUUGGAAUACUUCUUCUUUGGAGAAUGAAAUUCAUAAUUCGAAAAUUAAAAUUAGCUGAUGAUGAUUAUAUUACAGAAAUUAACCCAUUUGAAAUUAUGUUUACUCAAAGACAAAUUAAUAAUAUAUUUCAAAUGGGUAAUGAUAUUGAAAAUACUAUUGAAAAUCUUGUUAAUGGUAAAACAAAAAUUGAAGAUUUUCUAGUUAUUCAAGUUUGUAUCAUUAAUGAUAUAUUCUUUUCUUCUGAUAAUCAAAGGCUUUACACAUUUCAAGAAGCAAUUCGUAAAGGUUUAAAUAUUAACAAAAUUCCAGUAAAAAUAAGACAAAUAACAGACUUAAAUAUAAAAUGGAAAUUAGAAGGCUCAUAUAAAAUAGUUCGUCAUAAUAAUUUUAAAAAUAUUAUUAUUAGUCCAUUCGCAAAGAAUGGAAGAAUUAUUGACAAAAAAGGAUAUUAG